AUGGAGGGGCCCCAGAGUUCCACCCAUGCCUCUUUGGGGCUCCUGCUGCUUCUGCUGCUGCCACUGGGCCCAGCUUGGUAUGUGGCUGCCCAACGCUGCCCACAGACCUGCAUUUGUGACAACUCCAGGCGGCAUGUUGCCUGCCGGCACCAGAAUCUCACCGAGGUGCCGAACGCCAUCCCCGAGCUGACCCAGCGGCUGGACCUCCAGGGCAACAUGCUGCAGGUGAUCCCUGCAGCUGCCUUCCAGGACCUGCCUCAUCUCACACAUCUGGACCUGCGGCACUGCCAGGUGGAGCUGGUGGCCGAGGGCGCGUUCCGCGGCCUGGGCCGCCUGCUGCUCCUCAACCUGGCCUCCAACCGCCUGAGCGCGCUGCCCCAGGAGGCGCUCGACGGGCUGGGCUCGCUGCGGCGGCUGGAGCUGGAGGGGAACAGGCUGGAGGAGCUGCGGCCGGGGACGUUCGGGGCCCUGGGCGCUCUGGCCACGCUGAACCUGGCCCACAACGCCCUGGUCUACCUGCCCGCCAUGGCCUUCCAGGGGCUGCUGCGCGCCCGCUGGCUGCAGCUGGCACACAACGCGCUCAGCGUGCUGGCCCCCGAGGCCCUGGCGGGCCUGCCCGCCCUUCGCCGCCUCAGCCUGCACCACAACGAGCUCCAGGCCCUGCCCGGGCCGGCCCUGUCGCAGGCCCGCGGCCUGGCGCGCCUCGAGCUGGGCCACAACCCGCUGACCUACGCGGGCGAGGAGGACGGGCUGGCGCUGCCUGGCCUGCGGGAGCUGGCGCUGGACCACGGGGCCCUGCAGGCCUUGGGUCCCAGGGCCUUCGCCCGCUGCCCGCGCCUGCACACCCUCGACCUCCGCGGGAACCAGCUGCACGGCCUGCCCCCGCUGCAGGGCCCGGGCCAGCUGCGCCGGCUGCGGCUGCAGGGGAACCCGCUGUGGUGCGGCUGCCAGGCGCGGCCCCUGCUCGAGUGGCUGGUGCGGGCGCGCGUGCGCACGGACGGCGAGUGCCGGGGGCCGCGGCGCCUGCGGGGCGAGGCCCUGGACGCCCUGCGGCCCUCGGACCUGCGCUGCCCCGGGGACGGGCACGGGGACGGGGACGGGCCGGAGGAAGAGCGAGAGGAGCGGGCUGCGGCCCGGGCCCGCGCCCCGCCGCGCGCCCCCGCGGAGGAGGACGGGGCGGCCGCGCCCUGCCCUCGCGCCUGCGCCUGCGCCUCCGAGAGCCGGCACAGCAGCUGCGAGGGCCGCGGCCUGCGGGCGGUGCCCCGCGGCUUCCCCAACGACACCCGGCUCCUGGACCUGAGGCGGAACCACUUCCCCUCGGUGCCCCGAGCCGCCUUUCCCGGCCUGGGCCGCGUGGUGUCGCUGCACCUGCAGCACUGCGGCAUCGCCGAGCUGAAGGCGGGCGCCUUGGCGGGGCUGGGCCACCUCGUCUACCUCUACCUCUCUGACAACCAGCUCUCGGGCCUCAGCGCUGCUGCCCUCGAAGGGGCCCCCCGCCUGGGCUACCUGUACCUGGAGCGCAACCGCUUCCUGCAGGUGCCAGGGGCCGCCCUGCGCGCCCUGCCCAGCCUCUUCUCCCUGCACCUGCAGGACAAUGCUGUGGACCGCCUGGCACCUGGGGACCUGGCGGGGGUGCCGACCUUGCGCUGGCUCUAUCUGAGUGGAAACCGCAUCACCCAAAUGUCCCCGGGGGCGCUGGGUCCAGCUCAAGAGCUGGAGAAGCUGCACCUUGACAGGAACCAGCUGCAAGACGUGCCCACUGGGGCCUUGGAGGGACUGCCUGCCCUCCUGGAGCUGCAGCUCUCCGGAAACCCACUCAGGACCCUGCGAGAUGGGGCCUUCCGGCCUAUGGGCAGGUCGCUGCAGCACCUCUUCCUGAACAGCAGUGGCCUGGAGCAGAUUUCUCCUGGGGCCUUCUCAGGCCUGGGGCCCGAGCUCCAGAGCCUGUACCUGCAAAAGAACCAUCUGCGGGUCCUGCCUGCCUUGUCUGAUCUCAACCGGCUUGAGCUCAUCGACCUCAGUGGCAAUCCCUUUCACUGUGACUGCCAGUUGCUACCACUGCACAGGUGGCUCACUGGGCUGAACUUGCGGGUGGGGGCCACCUGCGCUGCCCCUCCCAGUGCCCGUGGCCAGAGGGUGAAGGCUGCGGUUGCUGUCUUUGAAGCCUGCCCAGGUUGGGCUGCCAGGAAGGCCAAGCGGACACCAGCCUACAGGCCCGGAGGUAGAAGAACGCCCAUCAAGGGAAGACAGCAGGGAGCAGACCAGGUGGGGAAGGAGAGAGGCCGCCUCUGAGCUCGGAGCAGGCCGAUUGUGCCUCGACCCUGCCGGGUGGCUCUUACUCUCAUCAGGAACGGGCUCCGAGAUCUUCCCUGCAGCCUGCGGGUCGUGUUCCA